AUGCUUCUCGGUAUUGACCCAAAGGAGUUGAAAACUUAUGUCCGUACAAAAAUCUGCGUAUGGAUGUUGAUAGCGGCUUUACUUCAGUUGCCACAACUUGAAAGCAAACAAGAUACCCUUCAUGCCACCUCUUUGUUUAAUAUCUGGACCAAGUAUGCCCCCCGGCUGCCAGCUGACUAUUACAAUGAAAAGCUUCUGAAGGUUGGAGACAGCCUUUGUGAAAUGAAAGAAUAUAAAUUGGCCCUUUUACAGUGCUAUGGAAGGUAUCUUCAGCAGUUCACCAUCAAUUUUGAUGAGAAUAAAGCAGACGUGAAUCAGUUCAAAACUGCCUUUUUUCCAAAAGGCUUUGGAGACAAAAAUGCUGCACAUACAUUUCAUGCUUUAAGUGGCAAAAAUAUUUGCCACUAUGAGCUGGUCUGUGACAGUGAUGUGAACCUGCAGAAUAAAGACUCUGUGACCCAGUGUCUGCAUAUUUUGUCCUCCUUAAGACUCAUCAUGCAGGUGGCUUUGCCACAGGAGCACCUUUGCUGGAUAAUCUUCAAUGGUACCAUUUACAUUUACACCAUUUGCAGAAAACUGAUGAUCGUAGGUCAGUCUUCCAAGGCCUUAGAGUACCUCCUGUGGGCCAGCACGUGUAUGGAGUUCUCGGUGCCGCUCCUGUCUGUCAGGUACUUGACAUGGAGAGCUACUCUUUACACUGCCGUCUGCCAGUGCUACUAUGACUGCCAAGCUGGCAUUCAUGGAGAGGCAUUUGCUCGGCGUGCUUUAGCUAAAAUCGAUGAGUUAAGGCAACUGGAAUUAAUGAGUUCCUCACAAUCACAGGAAGAAUCCAGAAGACAUUAUAGAGAGGCCACAAUAAAGAUGGCAGUGAUGAUCUUCAAAAGAGGAGUGUUUGAAUCUAGAAGAAAAAACAAAAGUUUCUUUAGGCCAAAGAUAAGAGUUAACCUGAGGGAAGCUCAAACUUUGCCGUGGCCACGCACCGUCACAGAGCGGCUGUUGGAUGAGAUGUUUGAUAGCACUGCAUCGCGGUUUCUGGCUGUCUUAGAAGCUCUUUCUGAUUCAAAUAGGCGCACGCUACAAACUGGACCUAUUGUUACAGAUGAAGUAGAAAUUCGUGAUGUUGUCUCAGAACUGUUUAUGGCAGGAAAAGAACUUUUAAUAAUGUCAAAUACUGGUGCAGAUGGAAUGCUUGAUUUUCCACAAAUAUCUCUUUUGCAACUUACUGUAAAAGGAAAUAAUGUUAUUUCUAUAGAUGCUGCUGUGAAGUUUGUAAAAUUAGCUUUUACUUAUGAGGAAUGGAGUUUAUUUGAAUCUUUAGCUGGGCAGCUUAUUGAUUUUCUCCAGAGGCAGGAUGAUCCAGAGUCAAAGAAAGCAGAAAAGGAUUUAACUCUUCUUGUUGCAGUAGAACCUUUAAUCAAUGUAAAGAGAAACAAAGGUUUGGUCUUUCCCAUGGAAAACUACAAAGAAGGACAAUCAGCUCAAAUUUAUGUUAAGAAAAUUGCUUUUCAUGAUUCUUGUGCGAAGACUUAUGGAUAUUCAGAAGACAUUUUCCAUUUGGCAGCAACCUUGUACUCUGUCUGUGCCUCUCCCCAGAAUGUUCAGCCUGAUAAAGAAAUCGUUGUGGACAUGAUAAUGUUCCUAUGGCAGAAAUGCAAAUUAGGAAUUCAGAGGAUCAAUAUGCCCAGAAAUGACUAUGCAAAAUUCACCCAGAAAAUCAGUACUAAUAAAUGGGUUUAUCUUCUGUGGCAGAUAAAUGAAGUAAUUCACUGCUAUAAAAUGGAAGACAUUAACGUUGUGGUGGUAGCAGAGGUCACGUUGCGAUUAAGUGAAAUAUUGGAGUUGUUAGGAAACCCACGAAGAAAAUUUAAAAAAUCUCUAGAGAUACCUUUAAGGAAAGGAACUGGUGAAUUCUUUGGGAUUUCAAGAGGGAACAUAGAAAUUCUUCCAAUAUUAAAGAAGAAACCUGUGGAACAGUUAUUUUUGGCUUAUGAACUUCUUGACAAAGCAAUUGAUGGAAUAAAUUUGAAUUGCAUGUUAACUACUUUGCCAAAUGGAUCAUCAGUGAUUGACCAUUGCUAUGCCAAGUACACCCAGGAUGUAGAUGGAGACAUUUGCAAACCAGUCACAGCAAAUACUUUCAUGAUGGAUUUGCAUCUUGAACUAAUUCAAGCCCAGCACCAUAUAGCUGUUGUGCUUCUUGACCAAUUGCAAGUUUUGCAGACUCCAACUCUUAGCAAACAUAUAUCUACCAAAGGUCCAGAAAAGCUAAAAGAACCUAGAAGCAUUGACUGUUUUACAGAAUUGAGUGUACUGAAUAAAAUAAGGAAGAACAAGCUAUCCAAAGCAAUUUACUUGAUGCAGAAAGCGCUUCUAAUAUUUGAGAAAGAUUCAGCCUCUACAUCUUCACACAACUUUUUGAUGCAUUUGAAUGAAGGAGUUUGAUGAUGGUGUUGGACAUUCUCAGCUGACAAGGCCAAGUGGUGCCUGAUCUUUGUUGGAAGACUUUGGAGUGUGUUCAGAUCCAUUUUCUCAAGAGAUGCUUCUGUGGUCGCUUGCUACUGUGUAGUGCUUGGAGGAUACUAAUUCUUCAGUCCUAUUUCUAUGUCAAAUAAAACUUACCUUUC